GUCCGUGCUCAAGUUAGCUCACUCUUAUUCAAAAAGAAGAAAAUAUUUGAUGUGUAAAUUAGACUCAACUCUAAAUAUUUUCAAACUCACAGAAAAUGAAGUAUUUGUUUUUUGAUAAAAAUCAAAUCCAAAUUCAAAAAUAUCAAUAUGCGCACAGUGAAAUCAAUUAUCCUUUGGCUGUUUGUGUUGUAGCAUCAAUGCAAGCUUCGUUAUUUUUUGGGAAGCAUUUUGUUUAAUUUUAUCAUAUAGCCAUAAAUGGACGAUUUUUGUUUUUGUCUGCGUCUUAAGAAUUUAGAAUUUAAAAGAAUUUAGUCAUUUUUUUUUUAAUUCAAAAUCGAACGCCCUAAAACAGGUGCCUUUUCGAGUCGGCAAAGCUCCUCACCAGACAAAGAACUUAAUUUUGGAGUCGGAUAUCCAUUGUUUGCAAGUUCGAGUUCAAGAUAAAUAAUAAAAAAUUCCAGUAAACAAGUGCCAUUUUUCACACAAAUCCACCAAGAAAUGAUAAUGAUAUGUAUAGGCAGUUUGUAGCAGGUGCAUUUGCGAGUUAUAUCUCAGAAGUUCCUGUGCAAAUUCUCUUACGAGUUGACAGUUUUAUUGGUGGAAUAGUAAUAAAAUCGCGGUCGCAAUGCUUUCGCAUCCACGGAUAUUUCGUGCAAAGUGCUUGCCAAACACCAUCUGCUGAACUAUCCCUCGCUCACAUUUAAUUAGAACCAAACGAAAUUUAUUUUUUUGAAUGCAAUGGUAGGUUGCGACAUAGAUUGGAUGCUUAAUGCAAAGGCGCUUAAGUUCGCGAUGGAAAUCUCGCUGAAAUAUUCAUGAGAUACUUAGCGUAAUUUCAACAUGAAACAUGACCGCGCAUAGGGCGCGAGACAAAUAUCCGUUUUCCAACAUAUUUUCAAGGUAGAAAAAGUAUAUAAUUCCGUCUCUUGGCGCGGUUAUCACUGAACACCACAUAAUUUUGUCGGUCUUGGCAAAAAAAAACCCUAGGUGUGCCCAAUAUAAAAUGCGACCGAGGGCACGGCGUUAAAGACCCUUGAAAUGAAUUAGAAAAGCGCUCUAGAACAAGGCCUAAAGACCCCGACACUCAUUAAAUAUGAGAAGCCUACUUUCUUAAAUGCAUAAAAAACAGAGAGUGACUCUCAGCAGUAGUUUUUUUGCGUCUGGAAGGGGGACAUUUAUACUACAAUAUAUAAUGCUCUAGCCAAUGGCACAGUGUUUUCUUAUCGAAGUUAGGCGUUGUGACACCGUGAGCGUGAAGACUGCUAGCCGUGUUGUCUACGUAUCUAUGUAGUGACGAACCCCUGCACUUGUGACAAAAUUGUUCUAAGUUCUUGACAGGUUGUGUCGGAAUCUCCUAAGGCUAAAAAUCAAAAUAUUCGACUGCUUUGACCAAUGGCUGAACAUUCGCCCGAGCACUCUUAUCCAAAUAUCACCAAACGGAAAUAGAAAGACAGCGAUCAUCCGCUAGGAGAAGUCUCCGUGCGUGGCGUAUUUCACCUAAAAAACUGAUAACUUCAAGAAUUGAAAACCCAAUCCCUCUAUUGCCCUCGAGACACGCAAACGCUGUUGUUUAAAAAUGCUUAUAGGUAGCCCUUUCGAGUUUAUUUUGAAAGCACUUUGGGUAUUAUAUUUGAACAAUCGACUGUGAAAUUUGCAUUUGAAUGCAUGGUACAAGAGUAUUGUACGUAAUGUAUCCGCGCUAGGUUCUGUUCUGCAUCCGAUGGUCUGUUUACAUAUCAAACCGCGUCUAAAAAUGAUUUCUGGACUAUUUUAUGAUAUUUUCCUUAAAGUUUUAUUGUAGCCUAAAAUUGCGGACUUUUUUCAUCAGUCAGUAGAACAUUUCCGUCUUCUUUGCGGUGAGUCUACAUAAUGUAGUGUUUGUUGCGGCAUUUAUCGCGCUGUGAGCGUGAGCUUCCGGUUGUCAAGUAAGCGCAAACGCUUCCCCGCCGGUAGCCGCAGGGGAUAAGGUCGCCAAAUUAGAAAAGUAACCCAAAACAACAUAAUGCUCCAAAAAAAUCGAGAAGCGACUAAACAUGAUUUCACAAACGCCGUAUGAAACCUUUUCCUUUAUUCGCUCUCGGGUAAAGGGGAUUGGCAACAGGAAAUAACAACAAUGAAUGAAAUAUAUCAAUAUCUAUGUUUAUACCAUGUAGACUCCCCUAAUAAACAUUUUAGCUCCGAGGGGGGUGGAGAACGUCAAACGUUUGUCAAAAUUCCCUAUAGGGUGGUUGAUUGUAUUGCGGUAUCGAAGGCCUGAGCCACGUGCAAGAUAAAUAAGUUUUUAGCGCGCCAUAUGUGACAGUUCAUUUCUCAUUCGAAUUUUUGACGUUCAGUUACGCUCACGGCUUAUUUCAGUUCAUUUUUGGUGACCCCGUCUCUAAUUUAUUCGUUCGAUUUUCUCAGCUCAGUGAAACUGAGACACUUUCUGUGAUGUUGGACAUGAUGGACGACAAUUCUAAGGCUAUGGCUGAAGAUAUCAACAAUCACGAACCGAUGGAAAAUGGAACUUCAGAUGAAAGAACAAAUCUUAUAAUCAACUACGUGCCUCCGAGUAUGAGCCAAGAGGAUAUCAAAAAAAUAUUUGGGACUGUGGGAAAUGUCACCAGUUGUAAACUCAUCCGCGAUCGAGCAACAGGACAGAGCCUUGGCUACGCGUUCGUAAACUACGAUAAUCCUGACGAUGCGAACAAAGCUGUAAGGGAGAUGAAUGGAGCUCGACUUCAAAAUAAAACCCUGAAAGUGAGCUUCGCGCGACCUUCUUCUACCGAAAUUAAAAACGCGAAUUUAUAUAUCAGCGGUCUACCGAAAGACAUGAAAGAAGAAGAGGUCGAAGCAUUGUUUAAGCCGUUCGGAAAAAUCAUAACUUCUAAAGUUCUGAAAGAUGUGAGCGGCGAAGGUAGGGGCACAGGAUUUGUACGUUUUGACAAGCGCUGUGAAGCUCAAACGGCCAUUGAUGACCUGAAUAAUAAAACAUUACCCGGCACUAAUGUUAAACUCACAGUAAAGUUCGCAAAUCCACCGAAUUCAAGACAGCCAGCUAUGCCGCUUAGUCCGGCGCUAACCAGCCCUCUAGGAAGAGCGCUAACUCCCCAGCGAAACUUCAGUGGAGGGCCGGUUCAUCAUCAGAUGUUGAACAUGAGGUAUUCCCCUAUGACAGCGAGUAGCUUCUCCCCUGCUUGCCAAGCCAAUUGUCACUCACCGAAUAAUUCUUCAAGUAACAGCUACACAAAUCUAUCCGGCCUUACUCCUCAAGGCUGGUGUAUUUUUGUGUACGGGCUUCCUCAAGAAGCUACCCCAUUAUUCCUGUACAAAUUGUUCAGCCCUUACGGUGCGAUCACAAAUAUCGAACUCAAACUGGACAAAGGCUACGGCUUCGUGAACAUGUCCAACUACGAGGAAGCGUGCCAUGCUAUCUGCUGCCUAAAUGGGACCCCACAGCACGGGAAAAUACUCCAGGUUUCCUUCAAAACACCUAAAAACAACAAAUCUCUCCAAAUUUGAGGAACAACCGAAGCUUUCCUUACGGAGAGUUGAAUAAAUGGAUGGCAGAUUUGAACGAACACAGUUCGACUGCCCCCCCUUCAGCCGAGGCCAAACCCUUGAGCCGGCUUUAAAAAUAAACUUUAUGGCUGCUAAACUUUUUUGGUUUAUCUCGUUCAAGGUUUUCGUUUAUUAUUUGACAUUUUUUUUGUUGGUUAGUUUAGCGUUAGGCAAUGUAGUUCAGUUGGGAGUACGUAUAAAAAUGAGUUCGAAUUGUUUGAUCUUUGAUCUUAACUUACAUACCGAGUUGUAUAUUACAUUUAGAUUUUGUCUAUUUCACCCUUCGGUUUCGAGGGUUAUUUCGUUUCGAAUUUGUUCGCCAUCAAAGCGGUAUAUAAUGGCUUUAGUUAAAUAGAGAAAGUCCGAAGAGGAUUAUAGAAAAUUCAUAGAAUAUUUACGUUCAGAGAAAUAUUAUUGGAGUUGAGAAAUUAUUAUUAGUGUUAAUACUAUAUCAGAGAUUAUACUACCAAAUGGCAAGAAAAAUUCACCCCCUUAUGGGUGUCAAAAUGCAGAUAUAAGCUUUCGUUACGAGAUGGCUUUUAUGUUUUCGUGAAGUGAUGACAGAUAUACGUUUCUGCUUUGCUUGUUUACAUUUUCUCGUAUUUUGUGGCGGAAUUUUGUGGCAUAUUUCGCAAAGGCCCUAGAAUUCCUUGGUGACCACUGUAACUUUAAUCUAUUCUUGCUUUGCUUUUAUUAAAUUUCCUUUAAUUUCUAACCAGUUUGUGUUAUUUUGUUCUUUUACGUUUAUGUGUUUCCUUUAUGUUUCAUAUUUUUCUUUCUUCUGUUUACAUCUCACAUUCUCUCUGUUUACUGUGAUUAAUAGCAGGUAUUCGUAGGGAAAAUCCACAUUCAUCGAACGCUUAGAAACAACGUAGUUUCAUCUUGGUAAAACUGAAAUGAAAUGAAAUCACUUUCAGUUUUGGUUUUCACUUUCCAUUGAAUAAAUAUUGUGGUUUUCAGGGUUUCUUAAAACACUGAGGGGGUACAAUAUGCAAAUUUUAUUUUUUUAUUUCAAAUUUGACAUAUAAAAACACCUUUUAGAAAUACUUUAGAAGGUAGGAGGAAUUAGAAAAUCACAGGCUAUGUAGAAUUUUUUUAGUUUAAACUUUGUUCUUUUUAAAAUUUUUUGUUUGAAGAAGAUGAAUGGAAAUUGGAGGAAGAGAAAAUGGAAAAUUUAUGCAUGUGGAGAACAAGAACUCUAGAAUGAAUGGAUUGGACUAAGAGAGUCAUCGCAGGUCGAUUCAAACUCUGAAGAUUGAACGAAUGAAGGAACACAAAUUUAAGGUAAUAAAACCUUUAAAAAUUGAUGAAACAAGCCUCUGAUAUUAUCAUCCAGAUGGGAAAAGAGAUUAAAAAUUAUUUUGAUUUCUUAGUUUAAUUGAAUAUUUUAUAAACCAGACCCCUCCUUCUAUUUCCUAUGCUAGGAGGGCAAUCUUGGUUUUGUGAGAAAAUCUUUAAUUUUCAGUUUGAUAUUUGCCUUUCAAGUGAUGAGUCCCCCUUUGUGUUUCUGCAUUACCCAAUAAUGCAAGGCACAUCAAAGUCUCACGAAGGCUUCAUUUGCUAAUGCAGGUGUUUGUGAGAAAAGAGGAAAAUACAAUAAGACUGAAAAGGAAGUCACACAAACUGAUUCAAAGGACAGAAGAUUUAGUAUUGAGUCCAAAAAACCCCACUCAUUUGAAAUAUAUUGUUUUUAAGCCAAGGUUUGGCAGUGUAUAAUACCAAGCUGAAGUAAAAUAUCAUAAAAGAAAGAGGACUUAAUGCUAUACUUGUGUUUACAAUAUGCUUAAAUUAAUCACUAGUCAAGUGCAAAUUGAAAGAAUUUCAGCUGACCAGUUUUUUUUUUUAGUUGUUUUAGGACUCACUAACAAAAUAAGGGUUCAUUAGAGAAAGCAAGUUUCCUGACCAAACACUAAAUUUGUGUGUAUUUAUUAUUAGAUGAAGGAAGAACAAAAUUGAUUAUCUUCCUAAGAAGCAGCAGGAAAGUAAUUGAAAAUUUGUGAGUGUUUUGUGGGCAAAUAAAAGGUAAAUCCUUUCAUAGAAUGAAGCCACCCAUAGGUUAGUGCGAACUUGAUUAUUUAAGGUGUGCUUAAGAAAGGAUCUUGUCCUGUAAUAUAUUUGUUCUCAAUGUGAGUUAAUGUUUCUCACUGUGAUAGGCAAUUUACUUUGGGCAAAUCAGGUUUAGUUUACAUCAAGAAUGCAUCUAUUUCUUUGGAUUGGACUAACCAUUUGAAAGGUCUUGGAGAGUCCAUUCAAAUGUGAGCUACCAAAAUCAAAUGAUUAAUGAGAAACUUGAAAUAGUUUGCUCCUGACAAUUUCCUACAACAUUUCAAUAUUGGUAUUAAUCAAAAGAUAAGUUGAAUAGUUAUAGUUGCUGCAUAAUUGGCAUUGCUAACCCUUCUAGCUGAAAGCGAUUAUUGUAAAUAGAAAGGAGACAAAUGAAAUUCUAUGCAUUUUAGAAUAUUUUUAUGAUGGUCAUACUUUGGAAAGCAAGGGAUAUAUGCCUUACAACUAGGGUAUAUAUUGUCAACAAAAUUUUAAUAAUUAUAAAGACCCUGGCUAUCUCUCUGAUUGGCUGAUCCUUGGGAUAAUUGACAGCAUGGACUGAUCAAAUGAACUUUGUGCUGUCUGUGAAAAUGUUUACCCUUCAUAUUUCUGCUUGGCUGGCAGGUAGCUUUGUCUCACACACUAAUUGCUGGAGGGUAUUCCUAUUCAUUCACUGUCUGUUAUUUGAUUUAAAUGCUUGAGAGGUUUUCAUUUAGAAGCUAUCACUAUAGACAACUUAAAGUAUAUAGAAGGUUUCUUGGUAUUUUUGUUUAUAAAUUGCUCUUAUUUGAUAUUUUCAUCAAAGAUGCCAAUAAUCAUUUUUAACUCUAUUAAGAUAAUAAACUGAUUAACUCAAAGCCUUCCAUUAAGCCGACUUCUCUCACAAACUUUUAUUAUCACUGAAGUUCACAUGUUAGAAAAGUAGCUUUCAAAGUUUCCCAUCAAGUGAUAAUAUUGAGGUCUUGUGGUUGGUCACAAAACUUUACAAAAA